AACAACCAUGGCUUCCACGUCGCACGAUGAGUCCAUUGAAAGCGUCAUGGACGACCUCCAGUUGCACCAUGUCCUACUUAAGAGUCUAGAGGAAGAAGAACCGGACGCAAUCGACGAAAGGGAUGGUAUUCUUGACGAAAUCGAACGGCUGGAAAAGAAGCUAGCCGACCUGCGCAAAGAUCGCUUUAAGAACAUCAUUAGUCGAGAACGGUCUCCAGUGCGUGCUGCUGCAUCAGAUAAAAGUGUGCGCAGAGCGCAGCUGGAUGGAGGUUUUGAUCUAGAUCCGCCGGAUUUCCCUGGGCCUUCGAAGCCUUCUGACAUGUCUUAUCCGUUGCGUCCUUCUCAGCAUAAGCGACCUUCACAGCCUUCUUCGGCAGCGCCGUCCAAACGUCCACAUCAGAGUUCAGAUCUGGGGGAAGAUGCAGGGCGCGCCUUGAAACGCCCCUAUCUCCAACAUUCGAUUCCUUCUAGUCCCCGCAUCCUGUCCGCCCGCGGCCAGGUCGGUGGUUUUUAUUCCGACGCUAGUGAUGAUAUUGACGGUGCGGAUAGCCUACGACAGUUAUUAGGUUUAGAUGAUACCGAAACUCUUCGUGAGCUUCAGGAGGAACAACGGAAGGCAGAGCAGUGGCUUGAAGAGCGCAAGGAACAGGAGCGCCGAGACGCCGAGUAUGCCCGUAUGCUACAGGAAGGUCUGUACGAGCCUCCGCGACCAGACUCUGCUGCAAGCGCCUCCUCUCAUGGAAAUUCCGGGUUACUGUCUUCGUCUCGCCCUGCCUCGCCGAGUAUCGCACUAGAUCGAUCACAAGGCGCCUGGUCUUCUAACUUCAGCCCCCUGCGACCAACAAACCCGUACGCUGGCGGACCUUCGUAUUCGAACCAUUCGCAUCUCCCCAGUUCUUUCCGUCCUACGAAUACACAGAUAUCCCAGAACCCUUAUUCAACCUCUCUUAGCAGCAGUGACAGCGACCUUGCUGAAAUAACCCCACUGGAUUUCCAAAAUAGUAUCCGUCAUCCUCGUGGUUGUAAAGAGGCUUCUAGAAGUGGGCAAACUGCAUAUCCUCAGUCUUAUACAUGGGCGAGCAAUAGUUCUCUGUCUCAAAAAGCGAUGCCUCCAUAUCCCUCCAUGGAUUCCAUUCCAAGCCAUAGCGCCACAAAAGGAUUCAACUCCCUGUACUCUCCCAGCGCUAUACACCGGACUAUGGAAAGGAUUAAUCCGAAUACAUUACUUGAACGGUUCAGGAACCCUGCAUUAGGAGGUGCUCUAGACCCUACUGCUGCUUUGGAGGCCCUUGAGGAAUAUAGAGAGCUUAACUCCGGUGACUUUGAUGACUAUGGAGGAGACCCAAGAAGGGCUCGCGAAGAAAUCAAGCAACUACUCGAAACAAUCAGGCCAGAUUUGGAACUUUCCGCGCAGAGUCGCGAGGGUACCCCGGAGGCUCUCAAGUUUAAUUUGAUGGAACACCAGAAGGUCGGCUUGACCUGGAUGAAGUCGAUGGAAGAGAGCGAUAAGAAGGGUGGCAUACUUGCCGAUGAUAUGGGACUGGGAAAGACAAUACAAGCUCUCGCCCUCAUAGUAUCACGCCUGUCUACUGAUCCGGCGCGGAAAACUACCCUUAUUAUUGCCCCUGUUUCUCUAAUGCACCAGUGGAAGCGAGAAAUUCACAGGAUGCUCAAACCUGGCCGGCAUCAGCUAUCUGUCUACGUUUUGCACGGUGACAAGCGCCAUGCACGCUUUGCGAACCUGAAAUCCUAUGAUGUCGUUCUCACAACGUUUGGAACUAUGGCAUCCGAAUUGAACCGCAGUCUGCGGUUGGAUAAAAUGGAGAAGGAAGGUUAUGGUGACCAAACUGCUGCCAGAGUCGACACUUUGCCAGUCAUCGGGCCUAGAAGCAAGUGGCAUCGAGUCAUCAUCGACGAAGCUCAGUGCAUUAAAAACAGAAACACCAAAGCUGCCCUAUCCUGUUGCCGUAUUGAUGCCACUUACCGGUGGUGUAUGACCGGCACUCCCAUGAUGAACAACGUGGGCGAAUUACACUCCUUGCUGAAAUUCCUGCGUAUUCGACCUUAUUGUUACCUGGAGAAAUUUAAUGCCGACUUCACACGCCCAUUGAAGAGCGGAGUGGAAGAGCAGACGAAGAAAGCAAUGAUGCAGCUCCAGGUCCUGCUGAAAGCUGUCCUGUUGCGGCGGACUAAAAAUUCGAAGAUAGACGGCCGGCCCAUUCUGCAACUACCCCCAAGGAUUUCAGAAAAGGUCCACGCUGUAUUCAGCGACGAUGAACGUCAGCUGUACGAUGCCUUGGAGACGCGUACACAACUGCAGUUCAACAAGUAUCUCAGAAAUGGCACUGUUGGACGUAACUACUCUCACGUUCUCGUCUUGCUUCUUCGGCUUCGACAAGCUUGUUGUCACCCACACUUGAUGAAUGAUUUUAGUGUUGAAGUAACUUCAGAGACUCAAGAUCUGGACCUCACUGUCAAUGCAAAGAGAUUUAGCCAAGAAGUCAUUGUCCGUUUGAAAGAUAAUGACAAUCUCGAGUGCCCCAUUUGCAUCGACGCAGUCGACAAUCCGAUCAUUUUCUUUCCCUGCGGCCAUAGCGCAUGUUCCGAGUGCUUCUCGCGAAUGACAGAUCCCACAGCAGGCGUGAUGCAAGGCAACGACGGCAUGGUUGAAGUCAAGUGUCCCAACUGCCGCACCAAAAUUGAUCCCAAGAAAAUUACCGACCGUACUUCUUUUAGGAAGAUUCAUUUCCCUGAUGAGUCCACUGAUGAUACACCUGAGGAGAAUAAACCUGCGGUUCCUAGCGAAGAUGAGGACGAGAGCGAUUGUGAUAGCGACGACGAUAGCCUGUCACGCUUCAUAGUCGAUGAUGAUGACGAAGACAGCUCAUCUAGAGAUAAAAGGAGCAGGAGCAAGGGCAAACAGGUCGGAAAACCCAGGAAGUCUUUGGCGGAGCUCAAGAAGGAUUCUUCGAAAAAUAUCGCGUCAAAACGCAAGUACCUGCGUCGCCUUGAGAAAACUUGGGUGACAAGUGCCAAGAUUGAAAAGACGAUGGAGAUUUUGCAGGAAGUACAAGAUCGCGAAGAGGGAGAAAAAACCAUUAUAUUCAGCCAGUUCACUUCGCUGCUGGAUCUGCUUGAGAUUCCCAUCAUGCGUAAAGGAUGGGGCUUCCGCCGCUAUGACGGCAGCAUGAAACCAGGUGAUCGAAACUCAGCUGUGAUUGACUUCACCGAUAACUCAAACUGCAAGAUCAUGCUGGUGUCUUUGAAAGCCGGAAACUCCGGUCUGAACCUCGUCGCAGCAUCACAGGUGAUCAUCUUCGAUCCUUUCUGGAAUCCUUACAUCGAAGAGCAGGCGAUCGAUCGCGCCCAUCGCAUCGGACAGGUGCGGCAGGUCAGUAUCCAUCGCAUUUUGGUCGAGAAUACUGUGGAAGAUCGCAUCCUAGAGCUUCAGGAUAAGAAACGCGAGCUUAUUGAAGGCGCUCUUGAUGAGAAUGCUAGCAGGAAUCUCUCCAGAUUAGGAACUAGGGAGCUUGCCUACUUAUUCGGAGUAAACUAGAUUUCGAUUCGAAUUUCAUCUGCUAGCUACCAGUUCAUUCUGUUCCCUUCCACCUGUGCUUUCAUGUUUCGUCUCGUUUAUUUCAUUGGGAUAUACUGCCCCUAUCUUAGAUGUGAACAGCACAAGAUACCCUGGGUUAACAAGUGGAGUUUGGAAAGGAACCGGUUGGUCUUGGGAAUAGAUACAACAAUAAUAAUACGGACUAAUGAGAAAGGAGAAAACUUAAGUAGUUAGAUCGUAAUCCUCUUUCCUUUCACUUAAUUAUAUUUCGCUUAUAUACAGAAUAUUCUGCUAAAAAAAGAGGCCGACCUUUGUCCAUG